AAGGAAGAAGAUGAGUUGUGGUCGUUUGAAGGAGCAGAGAGAAGAAGGAGGCGGCACAGGUUCGAGGUUCGAAGGUUUUUCUGAGCGUCGGUAAAUCUUCUGGAAGAACACCUGUCUGACGUCACAUACAGAAGGUCACUGGAGGCCAAUGAGAACUGUCGCAGUCCUCGGGGGGGGGAUCGGGGGUUUGGCAGCAUCUUACUACCUGUGUAAAAGCCCCCAUGUUACCAAGGUUGUGGUGGUGGAGGCCAGCAGCCGCUGUGGAGGCUGGCUGUGGUCCACCAGGAGGGCGGACGGCGCCGUGUUCGAACAUGGACCUAGAGGGAUCCGACCCGCUGGGGCAGUGGGACGCAACACACUCAACAUGGUGGAUGACCUGGGCCUUGAGGGGGAGAUUCUUCCGGUCACCUCCAGUCACGUCGCCUCUAAGAACAGAUUUCUGUACGUGGGCGGGCGGCUCCACCGGAUGCCGUCAGGAAUCAGCGGACUUCUGCGGAUAGUCCCGCCCUUCUCUCGUCCCCUGCUGUUGAGUGUUGCCAUGGAGAUACUGGUGAAGAAACGCCGGGAGGAGGACGAGUCCAUCCACUCGUUUGUUUCCCGGAGGCUUGGAAUGGAGCUUGCAGACUUAGCUGUGGACAGUUUGUGUCGUGGUGUGUUUGCAGGCGACUGCAGGAAGUUGAGUGUUCGCUCUUGUUUUCCGCUGUUAUACCACGCGGAGCAACGCAGAGGUUCCCUGGCUCUGGGCUUCAUGCUGGGCUCAGGACCCGGUCCCGUGGUCCCGCCUGGCCCUCUGGCUCAGAGGUCCAUUAAAGAGUCGUGGGCCCAGUGGUCUCUGAGGAGGGGGGUGGAGUCCCUCCCAGAAUCCAUCACUGACUUCCUACAACAGAGCGGCAGAGUGGAGCUUCACAGAGACGCAGCUGUCAGACACGUCUGUCCCUCAGCUUCCGGUUGGAUGAUCCAUUUGGAGGAUGGAGUCAUAUCAGCUGAUCACAUCAUCUCUGCACUGCCUGCUAAAGCCCUCUCCUCUGCCCUGCCUCCCUCCUGUCAACUUCUCAUCCAGGAGCUCCAGGACAUCCCCACGGUAACAGUCGCUGUGGUGAAUCUGGAGUAUGACGGUUCCAUCCUGCCUGUCACGGGCUUUGGUCACCUGAUCCCGUCUUCAGAGGAUCAGGGUCUGCUCGGGGUCGUCUACGACUCUGUUCCCUUCCCUGAACACAACAGACCUGAUGGACAGACUACGAGACUGACGGUGAUGAUGGGCGGCGCAUGGUUCCAGGAAGAGUUCGGGGCCCCGGAAAUGGCAACCCAGGAGCAACUUUUAGCGAGAGCCACGGAGGCAGUGCGCCGCCACCUGGGCGUGAUGGCUUCACCGAUCUGGAGUCGAGUGACGCUUCAGAGGGACUGUAUCCCUCAGUACUACCUGGGACAUCACAGGAGAGUGGAAUCCAUGCGCAGCUUCAUAAGGAAGAAUAAUCUCUCGCUGUCUCUGGUUGGUUCCUGCUACGACGGCGUGUCGGUGAACGACGUCAUCUUCAGUGGACGGACGGCAGUGGAGCAGUUGUUGGGGACUUGACUCUGACACUCGUCAGUGUCACAGAUGUGACGUCCUCUUUCUACCCAUAAUGCUUCAGGACUGGUCAGCGGGGAGCUGUGUAUGAUUGUAUAUUAACACUCAUGUAAUGGGUCUGGGUCACCUGGUUCAGUGAGGCCGACGGGAUUUUUGUCUCGGAUAUAAAUAAAGCCUUAUUGUGACUUAAUCAAAUUUUAUUUCAAUAAACUAUAAUCACAAUUCA